ACUUGUUGUUGUUAUCCGAACAUAUCAGUUGGCGGCGAGAUAAAAGUGAAAGUGAAGGUUGAACAAAAGAAGCAAAAGAGCAGACAUAUCAGUGGGCAGUGUUACGAGCGUUGGCAAGGAGUUGGUUGCUUUUCGGGAGCGCAAUUGUUAUCGCGGUUCGUGGAAUACGGAAGGAUUUUUCGGAAGAAGUGGUCAUUAUACGGAGAAUUAGAGUGUGAUGCUAUAUCCGGCCGCGUGAGAAUAGUGGCUUUGGCAGUUGGUGAUUCGCACAAGGUGAUAUCUUGUCCGGCGAAAAGUUUUACGGAAAGUGUUAUUGUGUGAGGCCAUUCUAAUUGUGGUAUUCUUUGUUGUGCUUUCAGCCGGUCGAAAAGCGACGCCUGAGCAAUUUUCACGGUGGUGUUUCUUUGGGUCUGUGAACGGAAUUACAAAUCGGUUACGUGUAGGAAGGAAUAACUAGUACUGAGAACGGUGGUUUCGACGGCCACGGAAGUGCAACUUUAAGGAACGGCCCAAGCCGGCGACCGGUCAACAGCGGAUUGCAGCGAGAUCAGGACAUCUCCAGUUGCGGCUAGACAGGUACGUGGACAAUUGCAUGAGCAUUUUUCCAUAAACUUUUAAUUUUGAUUGUGUAUAAUACUGAUUCGGUGCAGUCAAAAUGGCGUUGAUCGGCACAAUCGACCCGUACGUCCCCGGCACCAGUUUUUCGAAUUACGUAGAGUUAAUUGAAUAUUUUUUUUCAUCAAACAAUAUUGCGGAAGAACGGAAGAAAGACAUAUUCAUGAGUUGUGCGGGACUAGCGGUGUUUGAAGAAUUGAAACUCUUGUAUCCAGCCACGGAUCUUAAGACGUUAACAUACGCGGAAAUAACGAAAAAAUUGAAAGAACGACUAGACAAAAUUGAUUCUGAAAUAAUGUUGCGUUUUAAGUUUCGCUGUAGACGGCAAAGCCCUACGGAAAGUGGAGAAAAUUAUGUUCUGGCGGUUAAACAUUUGGCUGAAUCGUGCGAUUUUGGCGCGUUUCGUGACUCCGCUAUUCGUGAUCAAUUGGUUUUCGGUGUAUAUAAUAGGGAGCUUCAAAAGCGACUGUUAAAUGAAGAAGAAUUGAAUUUGCGUUCGGCUGAAAGGAUAAUUAAGGGAUUUGAAAUGGCGAACAACAACAGCCUUUAUUUUGCCGAAACAGCAGCUGGAGCUGGAGUAAAUUCUGUUAAGAAUCGCCUAGGGAACAGACAGUCUAGGGUGGAUAGAUAUGAUCGCGACCGUAGUAGGUCGUGGGACAAAAAAUUCAGUAAAAAUGGAGAUUCGCGUGCAGUUUAUAGGAAAUAUGAAGGACGGGAAGGACGAUCAAGGUCGGGCCAACGGAAUUCGAGCCGGGGCAGAUACGCCAAUUUUGUCUGCCAUUUUUGUAGGAAGCGGGGCCACAUCCAGAAGAAUUGUUAUCGAUAUAAGGAUAGUCAAGGAGAUUCGGUCAAUUCGGUGAAGGAGGUCACAAAGCCAAAAGAAGUCCACGACUAUUUCAAGAGACUCCGAGUAGACUACGAUUCUGAAAGUGAGGAAGAAGAUCUCAAUCGGAACAGCCCUCAUCUCGGCCCACAAGGGGCAGGUGAAGAUUCGGAGUCAGACUGGACGAAGGCGUAAUGUGACGCUCCAGCUACCCAAGCCGAUCAACGAGGAUGAUGCCAUCAACAAGAGAGGGUCGAAGAGAAAGUAUCAACACCUGGAAGAAAGCGAGGAAGAGUUUAGAGGGUUCACUCCUAGUCCCGAACCACCACUACCAGCAUCUCGCGAACUU